CUGCACAAGUCUGUUGCCAAAAUAUGAAUCUCAUAGAAUGGGUAAAAAGUUUAUUUAGCAAGGACAGACUGCCAUAAGAAGAUUACUCUUUGUGAUGUGACGCUCUGGGCAAUGUUUUGGGAAACAUUCGUUCAUGACUUUUAUGUGGCUGUUACUUUGAUAUAUACUACCUACCUAAUCCUUGCUGCAGACCAAGUACACCACUAGUAAUUAGUAAUAGUAGUACUUAGCUGUUUAGGUUCAAUUUUGUUCAUUAACUAUGUGUAAUUUUAUGCAAAAAACAAUUUAAGCUUAGCAGUGAUGGUAGAAGAGGAAUUCCAGUAGAAAAAAAAUUCACUCUAUGAUAUGUUUGUGAAGAGCCUCUGGCUGUGAGUGUGGAACAGUGUGUCUUUGUGUGUUCAAUAAGGUCUGGAGCUGCAGGGACACACACGCGCGCACAGAGCCACCUCACUUCCAUACGGCAAAUUCCUCUGGUGCUGGUACUUACCAGAGAAUCUUUAAAUUUUCUACACAACUGGAUAAUUUAAGAUGAGAGUAUCUUCAGUCUUUAGGAGGCAUUAGACGUGUAACUGUGUAACUUCCCAGUGUUGAAGGAAAGAGUUUAUGGUCUGCUUAGUUGCACCUAUAGAGAGAGAGCGAGAGACCAACAUGAUUCCCCUUCCUACAUGGACCAUAUUAAUAUUCUUUUUCCUUGGCAUCCGAGAAGUUGAGCCAGGGAAGUGCCCCAAAUUCUGCAUGUGUGACAGCAUUCAACUUACAGUGGCUUGUGUCAAGAAGAAUUUGACUGAGAUUCCACCUACCAUUGAUGAGAUCACAGUUAAGUUGGACCUGAGAGGUAAUAACAUACAAGAGCUUCCUACAGGAGCAUUCAAACAUACGCCAUACCUUACCCACUUGACUCUCCGAAACUCUGGCAUCCAAAAAGUGCGAGAAGGAGCUUUCCGCAGCCUUGGCCGCUUGGUCUUUCUCAACUUGGCCUACAAUAACAUUGAUAUUUUGUACCAAGAGUCAUUUGCUGGGCUCACCUCUCUGAAGCAGCUCAACAUUGAACACAACAGAAUAGAGGAGAUACAGCCUGGAGCAUUUUCGCAGCUGGGGUUUCUUAACCUCCUCUCCAUCACUCACAACCAGCUGGUAUACAUACCAAAUAUGGCUUUUCAGGGCCUGCAGAACAUCAAAUGGUUACGGCUAAGUCACAACUCGCUCAAUUACAUUGACACUGAAGCCUUUGCUGGCCUGUUCACUCUUAGCCGUCUGAGUCUUGAUAAUAACGAGCUCCAAUUUUUCCCCACCGAUACCAUGACAAGGCUCCCCGAGGUGACACGCCUAGAAUUGAGUUACAAUCCCAUGACCUAUCUUGGAGAGGAGGUAGUGUCUAUGGCCAAGCUUACACACCUGUUUUUGGAUCACAACUCCCUGCAGGAUUUUUCUGCAUCAGCUGUUUUGCUCUCACCCAAGCUCACCCAUCUUGACCUUAGCCAUAACCAGCUACGUGUCUUGCAGCCUUUGGCAGUUGGCUCCCCAAAGCUGACUCGUCUCAACCUAGCAGGCAACCCAAUCUACUGCAGCUGCUACCUGCGUCCACUGCGAGAGUGGGCAAAGCAGGAGCGGGUACGUCUCUUAGGAACUUGUAGUGGUCCACCACACCUAUCUGAUGAAAACCUUGAUGCCGUACAACCUGCUGAUUUGCGCUGCCAGAGUCAGGAGGCCAUGCUGAAAGCUGAGCUGGAAGAACAGAGGAGACUUCCACCACCACCAACAAACCCACCUGUUGAUAAGGUCAAAUGCCCAGACAACUGUAUUUGUGAAACUGAAUACAAUCACACAUCCUGUGAGAAGAUGGGUCACACCAAAGUACCACGGGGCUUCUCUCCAGACACACGCUUGCUGGACUUACGUGAUAAUCACUUCCAUUACAUUGCUUCUAACAGUUUUCCAGGCCUACCAGUGGUGGUUUCCCUUCAUCUGCAGCGCUGUAAAAUCCAUGAAGUGGAAGCUGGGGCCUUUAGUGGUAUGAAAGGUUUGGUGUACCUCUAUCUUUCAGAGAAUUACCUCACAUCGCUGAGCCCAGAUAUGUUCAAGGGUCUACCCCAGCUCACCUACCUUCAUUUAGAGAAGAACCAAUUUAAACAGUUUCCCAAAGGAGCUUUUACACUGUUGCCUGGCCUGUUGGCUCUACACUUGGAGAACAAUGGCAUCACUAAGCUUGAGAAGGGAAUUUUGGCAGGUGCUGAGAAACUGAGGAGUCUUUUUCUCACUAAGAAUGAUAUUACAAACAUUGCUCCCAGGGCCUUUGACCCAGCAUCUGACCUUGCUACACUGCACUUAGACAACAACAAACUUAAGGAAGUGCCAACUAAUGCCUUUUCAAAAACAAAUAGCUUGACAGAGCUUUACCUGUCCCACAAUCCUAUCCACUGGAUUGGGGCUGAAGCUUUUCUUCCUGUUGCAACCUCUUUAAAACAUCUUUAUCUCAGUAACAUGAGUUUAGAAAAGAUGUCCAAAGAUUCACUUGCUGGGCUUGGGUCUGGGCUACAGAGUCUUUUAUUGGAGGGCAACAAGCUUGAGGAUGUGCCUGACUUCAGUCCACUAACAGGGCUUGAGGUCAUUAAUCUGGCAGAAAAUCCACUUCUGUGUGACUGCCCACUGCUACCUCUGCGCAAAUGGCUAGAGAGGGUCAACCUGAAGGUAAGGGCCAAAUGUGGUUACCCACCUGAACUCAAAGGCCAAAGUGUCAAGGACAUUCAUGUUUUUAAGAGCUGUCCAGGACAAGGACCUCUUCUUUCACAGAAUAUGAAGAUGUCCAAAACACCAAAGAGCACAAAACCAAGACCAGCCUUUACACCAAAAGUCAGCAAAACAAGUAAAGCCAAACCCAAAACACGCAAGAAUGCAAAAGCUCACUUGGUACGGAAGUCUGUGUGAUUACAACAUUUAUAAGGGCUGAAUUAUUUAUGGCAUUUCUAAAUCAAGUAUUCAACAAUGUUUUACUUAAUUUCUCAAUUGAAUAAUACACAUUUUUUGCCAUGACCAAUUACCUAAUAUUAAAUUAGUUUACUCCUAUUUUAACAUAAUCUAUUUUUAACAUGUAAUUUAUAGCCUGUGAUAUCAUUUAUCUUUAAUGAUCUGCUCAUUCGUCAUAGUUAUGAUGAAACUAGUGUAUAUAAUUUAUAGCUACUACCAAAGUUUUUAUUGAAUGAAAAAGAAAAGGGUACAAAAAAACAAGAAAUAGUAUACAAAAUAACAGAAUGUUGUCUCCCCCCCCUCUCUUUUACCUAAAGAGAUAAGAGUAUUCCUAUAAUCUCCAUCAGUACAUAGCCAUCCAGUCUAAAGCAUCACUCUAGACUUUCUUCUUUCAGUAAGGAAAAUGGAGGGGUUUGGAUUCCAUUGUCUUCAUUGUCUUCAACAUCCGGAGUGAUCGGUGUCUCCAUCUCCAUCUCCUCCACUUUCACUUUAAAGGAAAUAACUGCAAAGAAAAAAAGCAUUUCACGUACGAUUAUUAUAUUCAAGUAAAUGAGAAAACAUAUUUUAGAACACGAGCAGUACGUACUCUCUUCCUCUGGCUCAGUUUUUAGAGUAAUGAGUGGCAUGUUCACAGGCCGCAUGUGUGUGUCUGCAGGUAGAGACGGCAUGUCUUGAGAACGAGUAGGUAUAGGGUGAUGGUCUGACUGGAGAUGUUCAUCUUGCUGAGACACUGAAGUUUUUGAUGCAUCAUCACUUGUUUUUUUCUUUACAUAUCUUCUCUCUGAAAUUCGCAGAAAUAUAAAUUUGCCAAAAAAUUAUAAUAAUAAAUAAAUAAAGAGUCUAAGAAAUCUCAA